AUGGCGGCUCCCGCUGCCUCUCCUUAUCCUAGUCCAUUCUCCACAACGCGACGAGUUCAGAAACCCAGUACCACUUUUGCCGUUUGCGGCCCCGCCAUUCAUCUGAAGAACGCAGAGCUUCGAUUUCCAAGCAUCCGGUGUCGACACCCAGGAAUUGGGCGACAACGUUGCUCCUCGGCCUGCCUGCCUUCCUCGUCAUCACCUCCGAAAACUAGGCUUUUCGUAAGCGGUCAUGUGGGCCGAUUUCAUACAGGUCUAUCUUUUCGCACCACUGAGGAAAGUCUGCGGAAUGCUUUCCAGAAUUUCGGCCAACUCGUAGAAGUCAAUCUCGUGAUGGACAAGAUUGCAAGAAGGCCUAAAGGGUUUACGUGCAUGAGCAUGCGUAGGGUUAGUUUGGUAUUUUACCUUUACUAA